CUUAAUCUAAACCUAUCUUAAUCUGACAUGAGUUGUAUGAGUGUACAUUCCAGUGACUGACGGAUUAUGUUAUGACAGAUGAUUGAAUUUUUUUCCGUACGUAUUUGAAUUCACAUAGACAUGAUAUGUAAAUGAUACGAUAUGUUGGCAUUUUAUAACAUACUGGAAUUUAGAAGUAAAUGUUAGAUUAUGCAAAUCUGCUUCGCAAUUAUGUAGUUACACAAUUAAGCAUUUUAAUUUAAAAAAUAAUUUGACAUCUCAAUCUGAAGAGUAUCCAAUAUUGAGAUCUCUUUAUAGAUUUAAUAUAUACAAAGUAUAUAGUGAAAACUCAGAUACAUAGCAAUAUGUUUAGAGAUACUCCAAAAAUUACCGUGGAGGAUGAGCUUGCUCCAUCGGCAUCAUAUGUUAUAAAUACGAGAAUGGAGGAUUUGUUGGAAAAAUUAAAGUUAUUGAAUUAUGAUGCAGAAUUCGUUCAAGAGUUAAGAAUGAAACCAAUAAAUAGACACUACUUUGUAAUUCCUACAAAUCCUGGUGAACAAUUUUAUACAUUUACUUGUCUGGCUGCAUGGUUGAUUAGAAAGGCUGGAAAAAACUUUGAGAUGCCGCAAGAAUCAGAUGAUCCUAAUUCCACAAUAGCUUUAAUCUUGGAUUUUCUCAGAGAAAUUAAUGUACCUGUAGAAUUUCCACCCAAUAAACUUAAACAGGGUAUAGGAGAACAUGCGGUUUAUGUAUUGGAUAACUUAGCUGACAAUGCUUUGAAAGCAGAAAAAUUCAAGUGGAAAAAGGUAAACAUUCUACCUGACGAGCCUACACCAGAACCAGAUAUUGAAGAUGAUGAUGCGGAAUUAAUUUUAGAAAAAGUGGAAGAGGAAAUGAUGGCUGAAUACGAUGAUGACGAUGAACAAGAUAUUUUGCACAUAGAUGACGUUACAAAAUUAUAUAGCGAAAGUAAUAUGACUGAAACACAACAAAAACCUGACAAUAUUUUAGAAUCUAAUACUAAUAGGGAUGAGUGGCAGUUAGAAUUGGAAAAAGUUCUACCUCGUUUGAAAGUGACUGUUAAGACAGAUUCAAGAGAUUGGAGAGUGCAUCUCGAGCAAAUGAAACAACUGCGAGCAAAUAUUGCGACUGAUCUAAGUGGUACAAAGGCUAGCUUAAAUAAAAUUUAUACCGAUAUCGGAAAUACAUUAGACAAAAUCAAAACUAGAGAAACUUAUCUUAAUAAGCAACUCGAACCUUCUUUAAUGGAAUAUCGUUUAUUGCAGGAAAAACUAUCAAAAAUUAAAGAGCAGUAUAGAGAUGUUAGUGGUGGUGUUACAGAGCGAACAAGAGUUCUUAAUAAAUUGGUGGAAGAAUUAGAACAUCUAAAAAGGGAAAUGGAUGAGAGAGGAUCCAGCAUGACUGAUGGAACUCCGCUUAUUAACAUAAAGAAGACGAUCACAAAGAUGAAGAACGAAAUCUCUGAGAUGAAUAUUCGGAUUGGCGUAUUAGAGUAUAGUUUAAUGUGUGCGAGAGUACGAGAUCGAACGCAAUUACGAGAGGAUAUGAACAGUACAAGUACUUCAAUAAUAAUUUAAAUCAUAAAUCUCUUAUAUUUAUAUAUUAUCUAUCUUUUAAUCCGUCCAAUAUGUGAUAUCAAAUAUGUAGUCUAGUUUUGAGUAUUUGUAUUAUUAUUAUUAUGGGUCCAAUUACAAUCCGCCUUUUUAAUAAAGUUACAAUAUGUAACUAAAACUAUAUAGAGUGGAACAUGUUACAUUGAUUGCAAUGUAAAGUAUAUAGAUCUUUUGUUAGCACUUUAUAUAUUUAUAUAUAGCUAUAGUAAUUAAUAACUGAUACCGAAAUCACAGAGUGAUUGUUUCAUUAUGUUUUGCCUAUGUUAAAUAAAUCGU